GGGUUGGCGGGAUGUUGUGGUAUAUUAUUUUGGUCGUUGGCCCCGUUGGCCCCCAACCCCCUCUUCUCCUUUUACCAGCUCAUCACGGUUCUCGUCCCCUCAAAUACUGGGUCUGCCUCGUACAUAUCGUACCAUUGCUGGCACUGAAGCUGACACACUAACACCAAACCUACCACGACAUCACAACCACACACACAACCUUCCACCAUGACUCCCGAGUUCGAGGAACGCCUCAAGAAGGCCAUCGACGACCGCACCCUCCCCGCCACGGUCCUUGUUGCGCGAGACAAGUCCGGCAAGAUCGACUACACGUUCGCCCACGGCCCGACCACGCUCGAGCCCGACGCGCCCCCGAUCACCCCGACAACAAUGAUGACGAUGGCAUCCAUGACCAAGCUCAUCACGGCCACCUGCCUGCUGAAGCUGGUGGAGGGCAAGAUCCUGGAGAUCGACGAGGACGUGACCAAGUACGUGGAGACGCUGGCGCAGCAGCCGAUCCUGACGGGGUUCGACGCGGCGGGCCAGCCGACGUACAAGAAGCGGGAGACGCCCAUCACGCUGCGGCACCUGCUGACGCACAGCGCGGGCACGGGCUACAUCCUGAUGGAGGAGAAGCUGGCCAAGUGGGCGCAGGCGACGGGCCGGCCCCUUCCCGUGCCCCUGCGCCACAGCCCCCUGUCGGGCGGCAUGUCGGUCGACUCGCGGUUUGGGUACCCGCUGCUGUUCGAGCCCGGCCAGGGCUGGGUUUAUGGUAGUAGUAUGGAUUGGGCGGGCCGCCUGAUCGAGAAGCUUACGGGCGCGUUCUUUGAUGACUUUGUGUAUGAGAACGUGCUCAGCCGCGUCGGCGUUCCCAAGGGCGCCAUCACCUUCCACCCGGGCCGGUUUGACGAACCCGUGUACGACAAGAUGGCCGGCAUGGCGGAGCGGAAUGCUGAGACGGGCAAGCUGGAGCACAAGGAGACGGAGUACGACGAGGACAAUGAAGGGUUUGGGGGUGAGGGGCUGUACGGCGGGGUGGGCCCGUACAUGAAGGUGCUGUACUCGAUCCUGAUGGACGAUGGCAAGAUCCUCAAGCCCGAGACGGCCAAGUGGCUGUUUGAGCCGCUUCUGCGGCCGGUAGAGAAGAAGGCGAUGAACGAGCUGAUGCAGAACCCGGACUGGGCUGUCGGGCACAUCCCCGGCGGGGUUGAGUACGACUGGAGCGCGGGCGGCCUGCUGUCGAUGAGUGGCGAAGGUCUGGGGAAGAGGAAGACCAAGUUCCUACAGUGGGGUGGCGCGUGGAACCUGUGUUGGUUCAUUGACCGCGAGGCGGGUGUGUGUGGUGCGGUUGGCACACAGGUCUUCCCGCCGAGUGAUCCCCAGGUGCGGGCGUCCAUGAAGGAGUUUGAGGACGUUGUUUACUCAAAACUAGAGCAUGCUGGAUCGUGAGGUGGGGGCAGGCGAAUAGGGAGGGAUUGGGUACCAUUAAUAGGGAAAGAGGUGGUGGUGAGUUACAACAACAUUAGGGGUAUGGGUGUGAUUCAAGAACUUGGCUGAGCUCCCGCUGUUACAAAACUUAGCUGCGAUAUCUUAGCAAGCCACGGUAUCAUGAGACAUAAACAAGGUCGCUAUGAUGACCUGUACAGUGCCCAUGAUAACGUAAAGGGAAAAGGUGGGAUAUAUCCCCCCGGGCAUAGAAGAAAGAGAGACGAAUGAGAAGACGACAAGAUGGAAAGAAGGCGGAAAGACGGACAAACAGACACAAGUUGCUACCUACCCAGUUCAGGUACCUAACCGCUGGCCUUUGAGUACAGGCAGUAAUUAAUGCCCCAUAAUGCGUG